UUCUAAAACACAUUAAAAUAAACAAAUAUGUGUUUAAGACAUCUUAAAUGCCCAUAUAUCACCUAAAAUUGGUCUGAAUCACCAGUGGGAUAUAUAUCACACCUUCUCAAAACACUGACAAAAAAACAAGCAUAUGACUGACUUUUUUUUUACUUACCUCACUGUCCACUAAGACAUAAAAUGAUUCUUGGCUGUAAAGUUGGCACAAAACAAUUUUCAGAAUAGUCUCUGUACUUGCACGCUGAUAAUUAGACAGUGAACACUGGAUAUGUAUGUGUAUAAAUAUAUAUAUACAUAUAUGCACAUAAUGGAUCAUUUUAGCUGUUCUUUGGGAAAUAGCUGGGAGUUUUCAUUUGCUUAGACACUCAGCAUCAUUUAUUUGAGGGCUAAUAGAGCCGGGAUUAUUGUAUACUAGCCUCUAUUUUAGUCAUAAGCAGUAUAGAGAGCAAUAAUAAAGAAAGUCAUAAUAUGGGUUAUGAGGUAUUUUUAUUUCAUUCAUCUGUUAGUAAUAAUCUGAAGUUUAUAAUAAAGUAAAUACUGUCAUAUAGUUUGUUCGAGAAUGGUUCAGAAAAAGAAUUAGAACAGUAUCAAUAGGUUUCUCGUUUCUUGUAUAGAAACGUUCUGCCUGAUUUUCUCCUACCUUAAUAUCCCCAUUUAUCUAAUGUCUAAACAAGUUGUACUCAUGGGGAGCCACUGCAAAGGUCGGUUAGAGGUCAUUUACUGCCUUCUUGCCUAGAAUCAUGGAAUUUGUAUCUGGAAAGAACUUUGGCGAUCACCUUGUUUAACUCCUUUGUUUUACUGGGAGAAAACUGAGGCUCACGUGCUAAGUUGGCCUAAAGACCCACUUUGGUCAUAUCAACUUUUUGAAACCUUUAUGCUAUUGGUGAAGUUGUAGCAUUUCGCCCUAUCAGGGAAAUAGUGACGUGUUCAUAAGAGCAUUCUGUUGUCCCAUCUGUGUGCAUUCUUCCAUUUUUGAAAUAUAGCAGUUCAGCAUUAAUGUUUGGUGGCACUCCAGAUAUUAAAUAGCUACUGACUAUUGUUUGUAUCAAAUAAAAGAUUAACCCUAUUAAUCUGAUAACCCUGAUAACGUGCGCUUCAUUUCUGCCACACAGAAAUGGGUUAAACCAUUCCCAACUCUGCCCUAUUGAACAUUAUCAGGACUGUUUUCUGUUGCCUUUAAUACAUUUGAAUGAGAGAGGAAAACAAGGACAUUUUUCUAAGCAGUCUCAAGAUAUAUUUUGCAAAAUAAAUAAAAUUUUUCUUCUUAGGGGGAGGACAUUUGGAUUUAAACAUCCCAUCCUUGAUUCUUGACUUUUCCUCUUUAUGUCUAAUGACAAAGCAAAUAAUAAUAAACACUGGUAAUCAAAGGCAAUAAAAGUAAAUUUUGAUAUCACUUCAUAAUGGCAGAUGUCACUGUGAAGAAUGAGUCAGAAGAGCUUAAUUACAUAGGAUGCCUGAACAAGAACUCAAGGAAGAAUAGGGUAGCAGGUGCCAUAGACUUUACCUAAGAAGUUAAAAAUAACUUCUAAAGGAAGGACAGCUAAUUUUGUUUAUGUAAUAAGUUUAUAUUGCUCCAGAGCUUGUUGGUAAAAGUCGUUUUGAGCACUUAGAGAGCAACCUUUACCCUCAUUGUGUUGCAAUUAAAAAAAAACAGUAUUACUUCUUUUCGGAAACGGAGCCGCUGAGUAGUUCUGAGCUCUCCCAGGCCCACACGAUUUAAGAAAAGGGCAAUGAGCAACCAUUACUCCUCAGAAUGCUCAGGAUCUACCGGAACCAGAAGGCAAGCAAGUCUUGAAAAAUACAAGAGACAUUGCCAGGUGUGAAUUCCUCCGCUGUUAGUGCUAUCGGGGCGGACGUAGCGCCCAUCAGACCCACGGCAGCUCGGAAGCCUGCGCGCUCCUUCCAGUCGUGUGAAUUUCCUCAGCCGUCCGUCCCGAGCGCUCAGCAGAAAACACUCUUUUCAGAGCAUCUCCUGGCAUCACCAGAAAUGUCUUCCUUAAGUGGAAAAGUCCAAACGGUUUUGGGCCCCAUGGAGCCCAGCAAACUGGGCCGUACUCUGACCCACGAACAUCUGACAAUGACCUUUGACCACUGUUACUACCCACCUCCUCCGUCUCAUGAAGCUGCCUCUCAGGAACCUAUUAUGAAGAAAAACUUAUUCUGGAUUCAAAAAAACCCUUAUUCCCAUAAAGAGAAUCUUCGGCUGAAUCAGGAGACGGAAGCUGUAAGGGAAGAAUUGCUGUAUUUUAAAGCCAACGGUGGAGGGGCUCUGGUGGAGAACACAACUGUUGGGAUUAGCCGAGACGUGAAGACUCUGAGGUGGCUUGCGGAGGAGACGGGCGUCCAUAUCAUAUCUGGAGCUGGGUUUUACGUGGAGGCAACUCACUCUCCGGAGACCAGAGCCAUGUCAGUGGAGCAGCUUACUGAUGUCCUCAUUCAUGAAAUUCUCCAUGGUGCCGAUGGAACGACUAUCAGGUGUGGCGUCAUUGGAGAAAUUGGUUGCUCCUGGCCUCUGGCUGAGAAUGAGAGGAAAGUUCUUCAAGCAACUGCUCAUGCUCAGGCUCAGCUGGGCUGUCCUGUUAUUAUUCAUCCUGGGAGGAAUCCAAGUGCACCAUUUCAGAUCAUCCGAGUGUUGCAAGAAGCAGGUGUAGACAUCUCCAAAACAGUUAUGUCCCACAUCGAUAGGACUAUACUUGAUAAAAAGGAACUACUAGAGUUUGCUCAACUUGGCUGUUACUUGGAAUAUGAUCUCUUUGGGACCGAACUCCUUCAUUACCAAUUCAACCCGGAUAUCGACAUGCCCAGUGAUAAUAAAAGAAUUAGAAGAGUGCGUCUUCUGGUGGAUGAGGGCUAUGAAGAUCGAAUUCUGAUGGCGCACGACAUACAUACAAAGCAUCGGCUAAUGAAAUAUGGAGGUCACGGCUAUUCUCAUAUACUUACCAACAUUGUUCCUAAAAUGUUGCUUAGAGGUAUCACUGAGAGUGCACUUGAUAAGAUACUAAUAGAGAACCCUAAGCGAUGGCUAACUUUCAAAUAGGAUGGUUGUUUAUGAAUUCACACCUUGAGCCUAAAGCUUGCAAAGAACAUUUUCCAGUGAUUUCAAACCCACUGUGAGAUAUUAAUCAGACCUCUCUGUAGGACUAAUGGUGGGUUAUUUCCUUUUUAUGAGAAUUAGAAGAGUUUUGCCUUCUCAGAAACCACUAUUACCUCUGUACCUUUAGGAAAUUACUGACCUAAUUGAGCCCUAUUGUUUUGCCUUCACAAAAUAAAUACAGAAAUAUCUAUUUCCAAA